AUGCGACUCUCCCCACUCUCCCCACUCUUCUCCCCACUCUUCCCUUCGCUCCUCUCACUCCUCCUCUCACUCCUCCUCCUCCUCCUCCAGUCAGCAUCAGCAACAGCAGCAGCUGCAGCCCAAGCAGACACCACCAACCCGUUCGCGCCGCCGGUCUGCCGCGACGGCUACCUGUCCUGCAACACUGUGGAGCACCCCGAGGUCUGCUGCCCCGUCAAUACCGUGUGCACGUUCGACAGCCUGGGCACCAUUGCAUGCUGCCCGUACCAGAGCGCGUGCACGGGCUAUGUCAUUCCGCAGAACCUGACAAAGUAUCAGAUACCUGCGCCGGCGAGUGACGGGUCGGGGGCGGGGCGCGGGCGGGGCGGAGGGUGGUGGUUGUGGGGGACGGUGGGGUUGGUGGUGGGGGUCGUGGGAGGGGUGCUGUGA